AAGGAGAUUUUUUUUUUUAAAAAGAUCCAAAUCCUGAAGAAAGAAAACAUAAAGGAUUUUCUCUUUUUUCCUGAGGAUCUGCAAAUAACCCUCAGCAAAGGAUGGCAGAAGGGGGAGAGGGAGAGGAGGAGAUCCAGUUCCUGCGAACGGAUGACCAGGUUGUUCUGCAGUGCACUGCCUCCGUCCUGAAGGAGCAGCAGAUUAAACUAUGUCUGUCCUGCGAGGGCUUCGGGAACCGUCUCUGCUUCCUGGAAACCACAUCCAAUGCUCAGAAAGUGCCCCCGGACCUGGCCAUAUGUACCUUCAUUCUGGAGCAGUCCCUGUCGGUGCGGGCUCUGCAGGAGAUGCUGGCCAACACGGUGGAGAUGACUGAGUCGUCCCAAGGUGGAGGUCAUCGUACUUUACUGUACGGUCAUGCCAUCCUUCUGAGACACCACCACUCAGGCAUGUACCUGAGCUGUUUGACGACAUCUCGCUCCCUCACGGACAAGCUGGCCUUCGACGUGGGCUUACAAGAAGAUUCCACAGGCGAAGCAUGUUGGUGGACCAUUCAUCCAGCGUCCAAGCAAAGGUCAGAAGGUGAAAAGGUCAGGGUGGGUGAUGACCUCAUCCUUGUCAGCGUGUCCUCUGAGAGAUACCUGCACCUGUCGUAUGCCAGUGGAGAUCUGAUGGUGGACGCUUCGUUCAUGCAGACCCUGUGGAACAUGAAUCCAAUCAGUUCAGGAUGUGAACUCGCUGAAGGUUUUCUGACGGGAGGUCACGUUUUAAGGCUCUUUCAUGGACACAUGGACGAGUGUCUGGCCAUCUCUACCCCAGAGGAAGGAGAGGAGAAGCGCAGGAUGGCUCACUAUGAAGGCGGUGCUGUGUGCAGUCAGGCUCGAUCCCUGUGGAGGUUGGAGCCUCUAAGAAUCAGCUGGAGCGGUAGCCACAUGAAAUGGGGGCAGUCUUUCCGUAUUCGCCACAUCACCACAGGCCGGUACCUGUGUCUGGAUGAAGAGAAGGGCCUGUUGGUGGUCGACCCAGAGAGAGCCGACACCAAUCUCUCCGCUUUCUGCUUCCGUGCCACGAAGGAGAAGGUGGAGGUGGCUCAGAAGCGUGAUGUUGAGGGGAUGGGUAUUCCAGAGAUCAAGUAUGGAGAGUCCAUGUGCUUCGUCCAGCAUGUGUCCACAGGCUUGUGGCUCACAUACGCAGCUCUAGAUGCAAAGGCUGCUCGUCUGGGAAUGAUGAAAAGAAAGGUCAUUCUGCACCAGGAGGGUCAUAUGGAUGAUGCCCUAACUGUAUCCCGCUCACAGACUGAGGAGUCUCAGGCUGCUCGAAUGAUUUACAGCACCAUAGGUCUCUUCAGGCAGUUCAUCAAGGGAUUGGACUCUCUGAGUGGGAAGAGUAAAUCUCUAGGGGCUGUGUCGCUGCCUCUGGAGGGCGUCAUCCUCUCUCUUCAGGAUCUAAUCUUUUACUUUCGUCCACCCGAGGAGGAACUCGAGCACGAGGAGAAACAGACCAAGCUCCGCUCCCUCCGAAAUCGUCAGAACCUCUUUCAAGAAGAGGGAAUGAUCACCAUCGUGCUGGAGUGCAUCGACCGCCUGAAUGUGUACAACACCGCUGCUCACUUCUCUGAAUUUGCCGGGGAGGAAGCUGCGGAAUCCUGGAAGGACAUUGUCAACCUCCUUUAUGAGCUUCUUGCUUCAUUAAUCAGGGGAAACCGCUCUAAUUGCGCAUUGUUCUGUGACAACCUGGACUGGCUGGUCAGCAAACUGGACCGUCUGGAGGCCUCCUCUGGUAUUCUGGAGGUGCUGUACUGUGUGCUAAUUGAAAGCCCUGAGGUUCUGAACAUCAUCCAGGAGAACCACAUCAAAUCUAUCAUCUCUCUCCUGGACAAGCAUGGAAGGAACCACAAGGUCCUGGAUGUCUUGCGCUCUCUUUGUGUGUGUAACGGUGUCGCUGUGAGGUCCAACCAGAACCUCAUCACUGAAAACCUGCUUCCGGGUCGUGAGCUCUUGCUGCAGACCAACAUUGUGAACUAUGUCACCAGUGUGAGGCCCAACAUCUUCCUGGGUACAUGUGAGGGAUCCACGCAGUUUAAGAAGUGGUACUUUGAGAUGAUGGUGGACUACGUGGAACCCUUUGUAACGGCAGAGGCCACACACCUGCGUGUGGGCUGGGCUAUGACGGAGGGCUACAGCCCAUACCCUGGAGGAGGAGAGGGCUGGGGAGGUAAUGGUGUGGGAGACGAUCUCUACUCUUAUGGCUUUGAUGGACUGCAUCUGUGGUCGGGAACCGUUGCUCGUCAGGUGGCUUCACCCGCUGCACACACCCUUGCUGCCGAUGAUGUCGUCAGCUGCUGUCUGGACCUGAGUGUACCCAGCAUUUCUUUCCGUAUCAAUGGCCACCCAGUUCAGGGCAUGUUUGAAAACUUCAACGUGGACAGCCUCUUCUUCCCUGUAAUCAGCUUCUCUGCUGGAGUCAAGGCUCGGUUUCUCCUUGGCGGUCGUCAUGGAGACUUCAAGUUCAUGCCCCCACCUGGCUACGCUCCGUGCUAUGAGGCUCUGCUGCCUAGAGAGAGGAUGCGCAUCGAACCCAUCAAGGAGUACAAGCACGACUUCAAUGGCAUUCGCAACCUGCUGGGUCCCACCCUGUCGCUAACCCACACCUCCUUCACUCCCUGCCCUGUGGACACUGUUCAGAUUGUGUUGCCACCUCACUUGGAGCGUAUCAGAGAAAAACUGGCAGAGAAUAUUCACGAGCUCUGGGCUGUGACUCGUAUUGAGCAGGGCUGGACGUAUGGGAAUUUCAGGGAUGACAAUAAGAAACUCCAUCCUUGUCUGGUGGACUUCCAGAGUCUUCCUGAACCAGAGAGGAACUACAACCUGCAGAUGUCUGGAGAGACUCUAAAGACUCUCCUGGCGCUGGGUUGUCACGUUGGUAUGGGUGAUGAGAAAGCAGAGGAGAAUCUUAAGAAGAUCAAGCUGCCCAAGACCUAUGUGAUGACCAAUGGAUACAAGCCUGCCCCCCUUGACCUCAACCAUGUCAAACUGACACCAAAUCAGAACCAGCUUGUGGAAAAACUUGCAGAAAAUGGACAUAAUGUUUGGGCAAGGGAUCGGGUACGACAGGGUUGGACCUACAGUAUUGUGCAGGACAUCUUGAAUAAGCGAAACCCUCGUCUGGUACCUUACAACCUGCUGGACGAGAGAACUAAGAAAACCAACCGAGACAGUGUUAACAAUGCUGUCCGCACCCUCAUUGGCUAUGGCUACAACAUUGAACCUCCAGAUCAGGAGAGCACUGGCCAUGGCCUAGAGAACACCCGUGGGGACAAGGUACGAAUCUUCAGGGCAGAGAGGUCGUACGCUAUCACCCAGGGGAAGUGGUACUUUGAGUUUGAGGCAUUGACCACAGGGGAGAUGAGAGUGGGAUGGUCACGUCCAAAUGUCCGCUCUGACACUGAACUUGGAGCAGAUGAACUGUCCUACGUCUUUAAUGGCAAUAAGGCUCAAAGAUGGCAUAUUGGUAAUGAACCAUUUGGUCGCCAGUGGCAGUCUGGUGAUGUAGUAGGUUGUAUGAUUGACCUCACCGAGAUGAACAUCAUGUUCACACUAAACGGAGAAAUGCUGAUCAGUGACUCGGGCUCAGAGAUGGCUUUCAAAGAUAUUGAAAUUGGAGAAGGUUUUAUCCCAGUGUGCGCAUUGGGCUUGUCUCAGGUCGGAAGGAUUAAUCUUGGUCAAAACGUCAGCAGCCUGCGCUACUUUGCUAUCUGCGGCUUGCAGGAAGGAUUCGAACCUUUUGCCAUCAACAUGAAGCGAGACAUCACCAUGUGGUUCAGUAAAAGUUUGCCCCAGUUUGUGCCUUUGCCCCCCGAUCACAACCACAUUGAGGUCUCACGUGUGGAUGGAACUGUGGACAGCGCCCCCUGUCUGAAGCUGACCCAUAGGACCUUUGGCUCUCAGAACGCCAAUACGGACAUGAUGUUCCUCAGACUCAGCAUGCCCAUCCAGUUCCACGAGACCUUCAAGGUCCCAGCAGGAACCACCCCUCUCACCCGUCUGCUCACCAUACCAGAGGAGGAGGUGGUGGUGAUUGAGCCAGACUCAGAGUUUGAAGUUUUGAAGAAGUCUGCCAGCCGCAAGGAGCAGGAGGAGGACAAGAAGGAGCCGUCUGUACCAAAGGAAAUCUCUGUAGAAAAUGAGAAGGACUCAAUGUCAGAAAAAGGAAAGAAAAAAGGAUUUUUCUCCAAGGCUAAGAAGGCUGCCAUGACACCUCUCGCCCCUCCUCCACCUCCAGCGGUGCCACGUUUGGUGGAAGACGUGGUCCCUGAUGACAGAGAUGACCCUGAGAUCAUCCUCAGUACCACCACUUAUUACUAUUCUGUGAGGAUUUUUGCUGGGCAGGAGCCCACUGGUGUGUGGGUCGGCUGGGUCACUCCUGACUACCACCAGUAUGAUCCAACCUUUGACCUCUCCAAAGUACGCAGUGUCACGGUUACUGUGGGAGACGACAAAGGCAACAUACAUGACAGUAUGAAACACAGUAACUGUUACAUGGUUUGGGGAGGAGACCUUGUCAGUAACCAGCAGACCCGCUUCAGUCAGGAGGACAUGGUGGUCGGCUGUCUGGUUGACCUUGCAACAGGUCUCAUGACCUUUACAGCCAAUGGAAAGGAGAUAAACACCUUCUAUCAGGUGGAGCCCAACACCAAGCUGUUCCCUGCCGUCUUAGUUCAGCCGUCCAAUCAGAACAUGGUUCAGCUGGAGCUUGGCAAACUCAAGAACAUCAUGCCAAUCUCUGCAGCAAUGUUCCGUAGCGAGCGUAACAAUCCCGUCCCCCAGUGUCCGCCCAGGCUGGAUGUCCAAAUGCUGACCCCAGUUAUCUGGAGCCGUAUGCCCAAUCACUUCCUGAGCCCAGAGGUGGGCAAAGUGAGUGAGAGGUUGGGCUGGAUGGUGGAGUGCACUGAACCUCUCAUCAUGAUGGCCCUGCAUAUCCCAGAGGAGAACAGGUGUAUUGACAUCCUGGAGCUGUCGGAGCGUCAGGACCUCAUGAAGUUCCACUACCACACCCUCAUGCUGUACUGCGCUGUGUGUGCUCUUGGCAACAACCGAGUGGCUCAUGCCCUGUGCAGUCAUGUGGAUGAAUCCCAGCUUUUCUACGCCAUCGAGAACACCUACCUGCCGGGACCUCUCCGCAGUGGCUACUAUGACCUGCUCAUCAGCAUCCACCUGGAGUCUGCCAAACGGGCUCGACUGGGCACCAACAGGGAAUUUAUCGUCCCCAUGACGACAGAGACUCUCAGCAUCCAUCUCUAUCCUGAUACAAAGAAGGCUUACUCCCUCCCUGGUGUCGGCCUCACCACCUGCUUACGGCCCAAGCUGCAUUUCUCGUCCAUCAACUUCGUCGGCACAGACCCUGACCUGUACACGCUUAGUCCUGUCUUCCCUCUACAAGAGCUGAAGACCAAGGCGAUAAGCAUGUUAACAGAAGCUGUGCUUGAUGGUAGCCAGGCUAUGCGGGAUCCAGUAGGAGGCAGUGUGGAAUUUCACUUUGUCCCGAUCCUGAAAUUGAUUAGUACACUGCUCAUUAUGGGCAUCUUCAACGAUGAGGACACCAAGCACAUCCUCAAGAUGAUUGACCCCAAUGUUUUCAGGGGAAAGGAAGAGGGGGAGGAGGAGAGGGAGAAAGCUGAGGAGGGUGAAGCUACUGAAGGAGAAGGUGAGGAAGAAAAGGAGGAGGAUGAAGAUGCUGAACUUGAGGACGAAGGGGUCGGUGAGGAGGAGGAGGAGCUGAAAGACGAACAUGAGGACAAAGAGGGUGAACCCAAGGAAGAAGGAGAUGAGGGGGAGAAGGGGGUAAAGGCCAUAGCAGAAAAAGUGGAUGGAGAGAAGGCAGCGGAGGAGAAGGAGGCAGAAGCAGGGGAGGUAGAAGCAAAAGAAGAGGAGGAGGGUCUGGAUGAGGGAUUACUCCAGAUGAAGCUGCCAGAGUCUGUCAAACUGCAGAUGUGCACACUCCUGCAGUACUUUUGCGACUGUGAGCUGCGACACAGAGUUGAAGCCAUUGUGGCCUAUUCAGACCAGUUUGUCCAAGAUAUCCAGGGCAACCAACGUGUUCGUUAUAACCUGCUGAUGAGAGCCUUCACCAUGUCGGCUGCUGAGACUGCACGCAGGACCCGCGAAUUCCGGUCACCCCCGCAAGACCAGGUUCUUUUGCUGACCAACUUUAAACAUGGUCCAGAGGAUGAGGACUGUCCAGUGCCUGAGGAGGUGCGAGACACUUUGGGAGAGUUCCACAAUGACCUCCUGCUUCACUGCGGUAUACAUAUUGAGGAGGAGGCAGAAGAGGAGGAGGUGGACACAUCACUGAGGGGCAGACUCCUCAGUUUGGUGGACAAGAUCAGGAGCCUGCGCAAGAAAACGGAGGAGGAAAAGUCAGACGUUGAUGAGGACUCAAAGCCUGGCACCCUUCAGGAACUGAUCUCCCACACCAUGAUCCACUGGGCCCAGGAGUCGUUCAUCCAGAACCCUGAGCUGGUGCGUCUGAUGUUCAGUCUGCUCCACAGGCAGUACGACGGCCUGGGCGAGCUGAUCCGAGCGCUGCCCAAAGCCUACGCCAUCAACGCCGUGUCUGUUCAGGACACGAUGGAUCUGCUCGAGUGUUUAGGGCAGAUACGUUCGCUGCUCAUUGUCCAGAUGGGACCAGAGGAAGAGCGGCUCAUGAUCCAGAGCAUUGGGAACAUCAUGAACAAUAAGGUGUUCUACCAACACCCUAAUCUUAUGAGAGCUCUCGGGAUGCACGAGACCGUCAUGGAGGUGAUGGUCAAUGUGUUGGGAGGAGGAGGAGACUCGAAGGAGAUUCGAUUCCCUCAAAUGGUGACCAACUGCUGUCGUUUCCUGUGUUACUUCUGUCGUAUAAGCCGACAGAACCAGCGCUCCAUGUUUGACCAUCUGAGCUACCUUCUACAGAACAGCGGCAUUGGCCUGGGUAUGCGGGGGUCCACACCUCUGGAUGUGGCUGCUGCUUCCUGCAUCGACAACAAUGAGCUGGCCUUGGCUUUGCAAGAGCAGGACCUGGAAAUGGUGGUGACGUACUUGGCGGGCUGCGGACUGCAGAUGUGUCCAAUGCUCCUGUCUAAGGGUUACCCUGACAUCAGCUGGAACCCUGGUGGAGGAGAGCGAUACCUGGAUUUCCUCCGCUUUGCUGUCUUUGUUAAUGGAGAGAGCGUGGAGGAAAACGCCAAUGUUGUGGUGCGUCUGCUUAUCCGUCGGCCUGAGUGCUUCGGCCCGGCCCUGAGAGGAGAGGGUGGGAAUGGUCUGCUUGCCGCCAUGGAGGAGGCCAUCAAGAUCUCAGAGGAUCCAGCAAGGGAUGGACCAACUGUCAAAAAAGACAGACGCUUCAUGUUUGGUGGUGAGGAGCAGCAUGAGGAGAACCGCUUGCAUCUGGGAAACGCCAUCAUGUCCUUCUACUCAGCCCUUAUUGAUCUGCUUGGCCGGUGUGCCCCUGAGAUGCAUCUGAUCCAAGCAGGCAAGGGUGAAGCUCUAAGAAUCAGGGCCAUCCUGAGAUCUCUGGUGCCCAUAGAAGAUCUGGUGGGAGUCAUCAGCUUGCCUGUGCAGAUUCCUGCCUAUGGCAAAGACGGACAGAUUAUUGAGCCCAAGAUGUCUGCCAGCUUUGUGCCAGACCACAAGGCCUCCAUGGUGCUGUUCCUUGAUAGAGUGUACGGUAUCGAUAACCAGGACUUCUUGCUUCACGUUCUGGAGGUUGGCUUCCUGCCUGACAUGAGAGCAGCAGCUUCUCUGGACACGGUGGCAUUCAGCACAACCGAAAUGGCCUUGGCGCUGAACCGCUACCUUUGUUCAGCUGUUCUGCCUCUGCUCACCAAGUGUGCCCCAUUGUUUGCUGGGACGGAUCACCGGGCCAUCAUGAUUGACUCCAUGCUCCACACCAUCUAUCGUCUGUCUCGUGGCCGAGCCCUGACCAAGGCUCAGAGGGAUGUCAUUGAGGAGUGCCUCAUGUCACUUUGCAAGUACCUCCUGCCCUCCAUGCUGCAGCAUCUGCUCAGACGACUGGUGUUUGAUGUGCCCAUUCUCAAUGAAUAUGCAAAGAUGCCUCUUAAGCUGCUGACCAAUCACUAUGAGCGCUGUUGGAAGUAUUACUGCUUGCCUAACGGAUGGGCUAAUUUCGGGGUGACCUCAGAGGAAGAGCUGCAUCUCUCUCGUAAACUCUUCUGGGGAAUCUUUGAAUCUCUGGCACACAAGAAAUAUGAUGCAGAGCUCUUCAAGAUCGCCAUGCCCUGCCUCUGUGCAAUAGCUGGAGCCAUCCCUCCUGACUAUGUGGACGCCACCUACUCCUCUCACGUGGAGAAAAAGGCCUCUGUGGACGCUGAAGGCAACUUUGAUCCAAAACCAGUGGAGACCACCAAUACCAUCAUCCCCGAGAGGCUGGACUCCUUCGUCAACAAGUAUGCUGAGCACACUCAUGACAAAUGGGCCUUUGAAAAGAUUCAGAACAACUGGACCUAUGGAGAGUUGUUAGAUGAGAAUGCCAAGACUCACCCGAUGCUCCGGCCAUACAAAACCUUCUCUGAAAAGGACAAGGAGAUCUACCGUUGGCCCAUCAAAGAAUCCAUCAAAGCCAUGCUGGCCUGGGAGUGGACCUUGGAGAAAGCUCGGGAUGGCGAGGGAGAGGUGGAGAAGAAGGCCACCACACGCAAGAUCUCCCAGACUGCUCAGGCCACUUAUGAUCCCAGUCAUGGCUACAGCCCUCAACCAAUAGACAUCUCAGCAAUGGCCCUGUCCAGAGAGUUACAGUCUAUGGCUGAACAGCUGGCUGAGAACUAUCACAACACUUGGGGCAGGAAGAAGAAGUUAGAGCUACAGGCCAAAGGCGGUGGCAGCCAUCCACUGCUCGUUCCUUACGACACUCUGACGGCUAAGGAGAAGGCUCGGGACAGGGAGAAGGCCCAGGACAUGCUCAAGUUCCUCCAGCUGAAUGGAUACGCUGUGACGAGGGGUAUGAAGGACAUGGAGCAAGACAUUUCCUCCAUCGAGAAGCGCUUUGCUUAUGGUUUCCUCCAGAAGCUUCUUAAAUGGAUGGACAUCGCACAGGAGUUCAUUGCUCAUCUCGAGGCUGUGGUUAGCAGUGGUAGAGUGGAGAAAUCACCUCACGAACAGGAGAUCAAAUUCUUCGCUAAGAUUCUAUUACCACUGAUAAAUCAGUACUUCAAGAACCACUGCCUGUACUUCCUCUCAACACCUGCCAAAGUCUUAGGCAGUGGAGGCCAUUCCUCCAAUAAGGAGAAGGAGAUGAUUGCAAGUAUCUUCUGUAAGUUGGCUGCUUUGGUGAGACACAGAGUUUCUCUUUUUGGAACGGAUGCGGGCGCUGUGGUUAACUGUCUGCACAUUCUCUCACGAUCGCUGGAUGCCAGGACUGUUAUGAAAUCGGGCCCUGAGAUUGUGAAGGCUGGUCUGCGUCAGUUCUUUGAGAGUGCUGCAGACGACAUAGAGAAGAUGGUUGAGAAUCUAAAACUGGGCAAAGUGUCCAGUAGAAACCAGGUUAAGGGUGUGUCCCAGAACAUCAACUACACCACCAACGCUCUGCUGCCGGUCCUCACAUCACUGUUUGACCACAUCGCCCAGCACCAGUUCGGAGAUGACGUCAUGAUGGACGACUUGCAGAUAUCCUGCUAUCGUUUAAUGUGCAGUAUCUACUCCUUGGGCACGGUGAAGACUCCUCAUGUAGAGAAGCAGCGACCAGCUCUUGGCGAGUGUUUGGCCCACUUAGCAGCUGCAAUGCCAGUCGCCUUCCUUGAGCCUGAACUGAAUGAGUUCAACAUGUUCUCUGUUUACACCACUAAGACUCCCAGAGAGCGAUCCAUUCUGGGUCUUCCCAACCAAGUGGAGGAGCUGUGCCCUGACAUCCCUGGGCUGGAGAUCCUGAUGAAGGAAAUCCAUGACCUCGCUGAGUCUGGCGCUCGCUACACAGAAAUGCCCCAUGUGAUUGAGAUCACGCUGCCAAUGCUGUGUAACUAUCUCCCCCGCUGGUGGGAAAGGGGCCCAGAGAAUUUCCCCGAGCAGGAGGGCCAGCUGUGCACCUCUGUCACCUCCGAGCAGCUCAACCAUUUGCUGGGAAGCAUUAUGAAGAUUGUGGUUAACAACUUGGGUAUCGAUGAGGCCUCCUGGAUGAAGAGAUUGGCAGUGUUUGCACAGCCCAUCGUCAGCAGGGCUAAACCAGAGAUGCUGAAAUCUCACUUCAUUCCCACCAUGGAAAAGCUGAAGAAGCGUUCAGGAAAAGUAGUGGCUGAGGAGGAUCAGUUGCGCAUGGAGGGCAAGACAGAGGUGGACAGUGAGAAUGGGACCAUCCGGGAUGAGUUUGCUGUGCUGUGUCGGGACCUGUAUGCUCUGUACCCGCUGCUCAUCCGCUACGUGGACAAUAACAGAGCGAGAUGGCUGACGUGUCCAGAUCCAGAUGCAGAGGAGCUGUUCAGGAUGGUGGGAGAGGUCUUCAUCUUCUGGUCCAAAUCUCAUAACUUUAAGAGGGAAGAGCAGAACUUUGUGGUGAUGAAUGAGAUCAACAACAUGUCCUUCCUGACCGCUGACAGUAAGAGCAAGAUGAGCAAGGCCGGAGAUGGAGAGUCCGGAGGCUCGGAGCAGGAGCGCACAAAGAAGAAGCGUCGGGGGGAUCGCUACUCUGUGCAGACCUCCCUUAUUGUCGCAGCAUUGAAAAAGAUGCUUCCCAUCGGACUCAACAUGUGCUCCCCUGCAGACCAGGAGCUCAUAAACCUCGCGAAGAUCAGAUACUCACUGAAAGACACAGAUGAAGAGGUGAGAGAGUUCUUGCACAACAACCUGCAUCUUCAAGGGAAGGUGGAGGACCCUGCCAUGCGCUGGCAGAUGUCUCUUUAUAAAGAAAUGUCUGGAAAAGCUGAAGAUGCAGAGGACCCUGAGAAGGUGGUUAAAAGGGUUCAGGAGGUGUCUGCCGUCCUGUACCACAUUGAGGUGACCGAGCAUCCCUUCAAGUCAAAGAAAAUGGUUUGGCACAAGCUGCUGUCCAAACAGCGUCGCAGGGCAGUGGUGGCCUGUUUCAGGAUGACGCCGCUCUACAACAUCCCCACGCACAGAGCAACCAACAUGUUUUUGGAUGCAUACAAGCGCAACUGGUUAGAGACCGAGGGUUACUCAUUUGAGGACAAGAUGAUUGACGACUUAUCAAAAGCCAUGGAGGAAGAGGAGGAAGAGGAAGAGGAAACAGAGACGAAGCCUGACCCCCUUCAUCAGCUGAUUCUUCAUUUCAGCCGCACAGCUCUGACGGAAAAGACAAAACUUGAUGUCGACCAUCUCUAUAUGUCAUAUGCUGAUAUUAUGGCAAAGAGCUGCCACAUUGGUGAGGAAGACGAAGGGGGAGAACAGGAGGGGGAGGAGCCAUCCUUUGAGGAAAAGGAGAUGGAGAAACAGAGGCUUCUGUACCAGCAGUCCCGUCUACACAACCGUGGGGCUGCAGAGAUGGUGCUGCAGAUGAUCAGUGCCUGUAAAGGCGAACCUGGAGCCAUGGUUUCUUCUACACUCAAACUGGGAAUCUCCAUCCUCAAUGGAGGCAACAGUGAUGUACAGCAGAGGAUGCUGGACUAUCUGAAGGAUAAAAAGGACGUGGGAUUCUUCCUUAGCGUUCAGGCUCUGAUGCAGACCUGCAGCGUCUUGGAUCUGAAUGCUUUUGAGAGACAAAACAAGGCUGAAGGACUUGGGAUGGUUUCAGAAGAAGGCACCAAUAAGAAGCUAGAACGUGUGAUUAUGCACCCCGAUCCUGGACAACGAAAUGGCGAUUUUUGGAGUAGAGCACAUUCUGAGGAUUCCAGUCAAAUUGGACUGUUGAAGGAACUGUUGGAUUUGCAGAAAGAUAUGGUCGUGAUGCUUCUGUCUUUGCUUGAAGGCAACGUGGUGAAUGGCACGAUUGCUCGGCAGAUGGUCGACAUGCUGGUGGAGUCCUCCAGCAACGUGGAGAUGAUUCUCAAGUUCUUUGACAUGUUCCUGAAGCUCAAGGACAUAGUGGCGUCCGAUGCCUUCCGAGACUACGUGACAGACCCCCGUGGGCUUAUCUCCAAGAAGGACUUCUCCAAGGCCAUGGACAGCCAGAAGCAAUACUCUCCCUCAGAAAUCCAGUUCCUCCUCUCCUGCUCAGAGGCCGAUGAGAACGAGAUGAUCAACUUUGAGGAGUUUGCUGAUCGUUUCCAGGAGCCAGCUAAAGACAUCGGUUUCAAUAUUGCUGUUCUGCUCACAAACCUUUCAGAGCACGUACCUCACGACACUCGCCUGCAGAACUUCCUGGAGCAGGCAGAGAGCGUGCUCAACUACUUCCGCCCGUACCUUGGCCGCAUUGAGAUCAUGGGAGCCAGCAGGAAGAUUGAGCGCAUUUAUUUUGAAAUCAGCGAGGCGAACCGCAACCAGUGGGAAAUGCCGCAGGUCAGAGAGUCCAAGCGACAGUUCAUCUUUGACGUGGUCAAUGAGGGCGGCGAGAGCGAGAAAAUGGAGAUGUUUGUGAACUUCUGUGAGGACACCAUCUUUGAGAUGAACAUUGCUGCGUCUAUCUCUGAGCCAGAGGGAGACGGUGCAGAGGAGGAAGAUGACGAGGAAGAAGAGGAGGGUGGGGGAGAUGAAGGAGAGUCUGGAGAAGGUGAAGAGGGCAAUGGAGAAGAUGAAGCUCCAGAGUCGACCUCAGCCUUUGCCGACUUCCUGAAGAGCGUGGUUGACUUCUUUAGCAUGUUCACCUUCCGCAACCUGCGGCGUCGCUACCGCAAAUUCAGAAAAAUGACUGUGAAGGAGAUGGUGAUUGGCCUGGUGACAUUCAUAUACACUAUUCUGAUGGGAAUCCUCAUUUUCAUCUACAAUAUAUGUAAGGGCUUCUUUACAUUCAUAUGGAAAGUUCUGUUCGGUGGAGGCUUAGUGGAGGGUGCCAAGAAGAUGACGGUUACAGAAAUCCUAGCCAGUAUGCCAGAUCCAACGCAGGAUGAAGUUCACGGGGACCUGCCACCUGAACCAGGUGCUCGAGAUGUUCAAGAUGCGGAUGAAGCGGCGGAACUCUUAGAUGCAGUCGGGGGAGAGGAGGAAGAGGAGGAUGGUGAGGACAGGGAAGGUGGACGCCUGCCUGGCUUCAAUGCACCUGGGGGACUCGGAGACUUUGGGGAGACGACGACUGAAGAGCCUCCAACUCCAGAGGGCACGCCGCUGCUGAAGAGGAAAUUGUUGGCUGCUACAGUGGGAGGACCAGGAGAGGAAGAAGUUGUCGAACCUGAAGCAGAGGCUCCUCAGGAGACUGAGAAAGCAGACACUGAGAAUGGAGAGAAGACAGAGAAGGUGGAACCUGAACCUGAGGUGAAGGAGGAAGAGCCAGAGGAGGAAGAGGUAAAGGUGGUGAAGACCAAGUCGAAGAAGGAAAAGAAACCUGCUGAGGAGGGCUUUGAGCUGUGGAAUGAGCUGGAGGUCCAGAGGAUUAAAUUUAUGAACUACCUUUCUCGUAACUUCUACAACCUGCGGUUCUUGGCCCUGUUCAUCGCCUUCGCUCUCAAUUUCAUCCUGCUCUUCUACAAGGUGUCUGACAGUCCUCCAGGCUCGGGCGACUUUGAGGGAUCUGGUCUGUUUGAGGGUUCUGGCCUGUUUGAAGGCUCCGGUGCUGAGGAAGACGGCUCUGGAUUAGAUGACGGAGGAGAGGAUGACGAGGAAGAAGGUCCCAUGUACUACUUCCUGGAGGAGAGCACGGGUUACAUGGAGCCGGCAAUGGCUUUCUUUGGUAUCGUCCACACCAUCAUCUCCUUCCUCUGCAUCAUCGGCUACAACUGCCUGAAGGUCCCUCUGGUUAUCUUCAAGAGGGAGAAGGAGCUGGCCAGAAAGCUGGAGUUCGAUGGACUCUAUGUCACUGAGCAGCCAGAGGAAGAUGACAUCAAGGGCCAGUGGGACAGAAUGGUGCUCAACACUCCCUCCUUCCCCAACAAUUACUGGGACAAGUUUGUGAAGAGAAAGGUGCUGGACAAAUACGGUGACAUCUACGGCAGAGAGAGGAUUGCUGAGCUGCUCGGUAUGGACCUGGCUUCUCUGGACGUCAGCGCCAUGACGCAUGAAAAGAAGCCUGAACCAGACACCUCAAUGUUCAGCUGGAUCACAUCUAUCGACGUCAAGUACCAGAUCUGGAAGUUUGGUGUCGUGUUCACUGACAAUACAUUCCUCUACCUGGUGUGGUACAUGUUAAUGUCUCUGCUCGGACACUACAACAACUUCUUCUACGCCGCUCAUCUUCUGGACAUCGCCAUGGGUGUGAAAACCCUGCGCACAAUCCUGUCCUCCGUCACUCACAACGGCAAACAGCUGAUGAUGACGGUGGGUCUGCUGGCGGUGGUGGUGUACCUCUACACCGUGGUGGCCUUCAACUUCUUCCGCAAGUUCUACAACAUGAGUGAGGACGAGGACGAACCGGACAUGAAGUGUGACGACAUGAUGACGUGUUACCUGUUCCACAUGUAUGUUGGCGUGCGUGCUGGUGGUGGUAUUGGAGAUGAAAUUGAGGACCCAGCUGGAGAUGAAUACGAGCUCUACCGAGUCGUGUUUGACAUCACCUUCUUCUUCUUUGUCAUCGUCAUCCUGUUGGCCAUCAUCCAGGGUUUGAUCAUUGAUGCCUUUGGAGAGCUGAGAGACCAGCAGGAGCAGGUCAGAGAGGACAUGGAGACCAAGUGUUUCAUCUGUGGAAUAGGAAGCGACUACUUUGACACGACGCCGCACGGCUUCGAGACGCACACUUUAGAAGAACACAACUUAGCCAACUACAUGUUCUUCCUGAUGUAUCUCAUCAAUAAAGAUGAAACAGAACACACUGGACAGGAGUCAUACGUGUGGAAGAUGUAUCAGGAGCGAUGCUGGGACUUCUUCCCGGCUGGAGACUGCUUCAGGAAGCAGUAUGAGGAUCAGCUCGGAUAGCGUCCCGCGUCAUGAAUGCACGUCUGAUGGAGAGAAUAUGAAGAGGAGGGGGGAGGAGGAGGAGAAAGAGGGGAGGGGAGGAAAAUCCAGAGCGAGGAAACGCGUCUAUGUCUUUGUUUUGUCCUUUUACUGCACAUUUCUCUCCUCCGUUGAAGCUAUGCACACUUUGACUGCACUAUUGUUACCAACUGCAGCAGAAUGUUGAUGGAUUAGAUUUGAGAAGAGCAGAAUCAAAAAUAUCAGAUAGGCAUAAAAAGACACAACAAGCCAGGGGCCUUUUUAUUCCGCUAUAAAACACUACUUGGCCUUUUCUGUGUAGAACAUAUACACAACGGGCUCUUUCAGUAGCUACUGCUGUAAACAUUACAGUGCCUAUAGCAAUGUCACUGCUUUAGCCACCUAAUAGUUUAGAUUUUUAGCUUUAACACUUUUAUUUGAGAUUAGAGUGGAUAUGUUCUAUUUAUAUUGUUUGUAAGGUUGAAGAUUUUUUCUUUUCCUAUGUGGCUGCUGCCGUUUGAUAUUUAAUUUCUGAUUUCUGGUGUUUCGGAGAGAGCGCUUUGAAGAAAUGAUUCAGCAGCUCACAGUCGUAUCUUUGACGGAUCCUUAAUGGAGUAGUGGACGUUUUGGACAAAAAAAGCGAUUUUGUUUGGAAAACGUUUGUUGAACUGACCUGUCAAACUAAUGAAACGGAGUAUUGUCUGCGUAUGUGACAUAUACUGGUGGGGAUCAGCUGUAUUGACAGAACCAGUUUGCACUCUGAAGUCUUACAAUGUGUCCCUGGAUGUAUGUGGCCCCUAUCUCCACUGGUGUCUCUGUGCCAUAUAAGAUAGUGACUCACACAUACUGCAUACGAGGAUGCCAAGGUUAUUUAUUUAUUGUUUAUAUGCAGAUGAGACCUUCUUAAGACGACCGUUUUAGCCCGUCUGUAUUUCUGGCCAACAGCCUGCUUCACGACACUUUAUGCACAAAUAGUUUUUUUGUCAGUGCAUUAAAAUAAGUAAUGAAUGUAUUUAAUGUAUACAUUUUGGCCAAAGUGUCAUCUGUAUAACUGAGUAAUGACGAGGCCUCUUAGAGGUCUUUUGAUGAAAAGACGUAUUUUACAUAAAUCAUAGAUACAUAUAUUUAUUUUUCUUUAGGGCUUUGAUGAAUCCAUGCUACUGUGUCGGACAUGAACGUGUCAUGCGUCCUGUUUGUGAAAUCCACCAUGGUGAAGAGAACCGGUCUCUCACUGAAGUAAAUGCCCAGUUUGCAGUCAGAAGAGAAAAAUAAAAGCUUUUGUUGUUUUCGCUAGUUAAGUUUUUAUGAUAGAUAUUUUUAGGAAUCCAGCAUAUCAGUUAUUUUUCUCGAUCAAGAAAAGCCACGUGUGGUGCGUUUAUCUCAGACAGUUCUGUAUCACGAAGCCUCGUUCAGAACACAAACUCACAAUCUCUCCAUCCUUUACUUGGCGUUACGACUCUUUUUCGUCAAAGGCCGAGCGGUAUCUUGUUUGCUGACGACUCUGAAGUGUGCAUGUGUCGCUGUGGCGCUCACAGAGGCAGCUGAUGGUACGGAGCUGAAUGCAGAUCACUACGCUCCACCUGACUGAACCCUGUGUUUCAAUACAGAAUAAACAGAUUAUUUUAAGGAGAA